AUGAGGGUUCCGUUGGAAGUGGAAGUGGAGCUGGAGCUUCGGGCUGGGGCGGAAGAUCAGUUGAAGACGGAGCUGCAGCUUGGAGUGGAGGUUCAAUUCUGGAGCGGCGUUCAGGUUUGGGUGGGUGUUGAGGUUUUUCAGCUUUCGGUGGAGGCGGAGCUUGAGCUGCGGACGGCACUGACACGCUCGGAGGUCCUUGCAAUUGAGGAGGAUCAAUUAGAGGCCUACGCGAAGGCCGGGGCGGCUUUGGAGGCGCGACGGGCUGAGAAGUGA